CGAGCGCGGGCGCGCGGGGCGGAGCUUGGCGGAGAGGGGGAAGGGGUCGCCGGGGCUGCCGCCGCUCCCGCUCCUCGAGUUGGCGGCUCCCUCGGGGGCUGCUAGGCGGGCGUCGAGUCCGCAGGGCGCGCGGCCGCGGUCGCUGGGUGACACGCUCAGCCGCGGCCAGAGGCGACAUGAGCGCCGCGGGGCUGUUGGCUCCGGCUCCGGCCCCGGCUGGAGCACCGCCGGCCCCGGAGUACUACCCCGAGGAGGACGAAGAGCUGGAGAGCGCCGAGGACGACGAGCGCAGCUGCCGCGGCCGCGAGUCGGAUGAAGACACUGAAGAUGCUAGUGAAACUGACCUGGCAAAGCAUGAUGAAGAGGACUAUGUAGAAAUGAAGGAACAGAUGUAUCAGGAUAAACUGGCUUCCCUCAAGAGACAGUUGCAGCAGCUGCAGGAAGGUACGUUACAGGAAUAUCAGAAGAGGAUGAAAAAACUAGAUCAGCAGUACAAAGAGAGGAUCCGAAAUGCAGAGCUCUUCCUCCAGCUGGAAACUGAACAGGUGGAGAGAAACUACAUUAAAGAAAAGAAGGCAGCGGUGAAAGAAUUUGAAGACAAGAAAGUAGAGCUGAAGGAGAACCUGAUUGCUGAGCUAGAGGAGAAGAAGAAAAUGAUCGAAAAUGAAAAGCUGACUAUGGAGCUGACAGGAGAUUCAAUGGAAGUGAAACCCAUCAUGACCAGAAAGUUGCGGAGGCGACCAAAUGAUCCUGUCCCCAUCCCAGACAAGAGGAGAAAACCCGCUCCUGCCCAGCUAAACUAUUUGUUAACAGACGAACAGAUCAUGGAGGAUCUGAGAACGUUAAAUAAGCUUAAGUCACCCAAGAGACCAGCAUCCCCGUCCUCUCCUGAACACUUACCUGCCACACCGGCAGAGUCUCCAGCCCAGAGAUUCGAAGCUCGAAUAGAAGAUGGGAAACUGUACUAUGAUAAAAGAUGGUACCACAAGAGCCAGGCCAUCUAUCUGGAGUCAAAGGACAACCAGAAGCUGAGCUGUGUGAUCAGCUCUGUCGGAGCCAAUGAGAUCUGGGUGCGGAAGACAAGUGACAGCACCAAGAUGAGGAUUUACUUGGGCCAGCUUCAGCGCGGGCUCUUUGUGAUCCGCCGGAGGUCAGCGGCUUGACUUUUCUACAGUGUUCUUCCUUUUUUCUGGAGUGGUUUUUCGUUUUGUUUUCUUCCAAAUAGAAAGUUUUUAACCCGGGAAUUGCUCCUUGGCCUUGGGGAGCGCUGUUGUGGAUUCUGCGAGGCGCUGUGGUGUCAGCGCUUCCGUCUUUGCGUUGCUCCUUCCUGCCUCGACCUCUUCUGGCCAGCUGUCACCGUGAACUCUUGCUUUGGGGAGUGUUGCGAGUUCGGUUUACUCAUUUCUUUGUGGUUUUUUUUUGCUUACACUUUGUCUUUUUUUUUUAAGCCUCCUUUGAGUUUGAAGGGAUAUCUUUUUUUUAAUUGACUUUAGGUCUUUCUACCAGGAAGGGGUACACUCUACAUUGCAUUUUCAUGUUUUGAAUCUGAUUAGUGGAUCACGUAGCUCUUUCCCUUGUCGAGCCCAAUUCACUGUUUCCCCAGAAGCUUGGGGCAGAGGUCCUAGCAGAAGGAGAUUAAUUCUUCUGGCUCUCAGCCUUCUCUGAGAAAUAAAUGCCUUGUGUAACAUCUGGCGUAUGCCAUCCAUUCCACUGGCUGAGCGACAGAAAAAUUUGCCUGGGUGGCUACGUGCACUGAAGGAAAUGGGGUUGGGGGGAGGGGGCAUCUCAGGCUCCAAAUGUGCUGAAGGUACCGCAUUUGAAAUGUUACUUAAUGCAAGUGGUUUAUGCAGACACAUUUGUUCUAGCUCAAGCUGGAGCAACUGGUCAUUUCAGAAGUUUUUAUUUCUAAUUCAUUUCUGUUUCCUGCCCCUAAGGAGAUGAAGUACCUCGUGCCAACCAAUUAUCUGGGUUAUCUGUUGUAGGUGGGGAGGGGAAACUGACUGGGCAGUCAUCAGUUAUCUGUGAACUCUCACUUAUAAUUCCACUUGCACACUCUUGUCACUGAUGCCGUUACUGCACACGGACUGUUUCCAGCCUGUGGACCUUGUCGGCGCCCCCAGCCUCCCAGGAGGUCUGGCCCAGGCUGAAGACAAAGGAAGCUCUGCUGCGGCUGCCACUCACCAAAGGAAUCCUGGGGGCAACAACCUUCCCCACACUCCUUGCCUUCUGCUGCUCAUUUCCAGCCUUGGAGAGAUGGUUCACUGGCAGAUGGGGCUUUCUGGUUCAUAGCUGCCACCGUAGGAUAUUUAAAGAAUUUGGGGUUAGAGCAACGGUUAGCAUCUCUAUGGGAAAUUAGUAGACCUUAUGCAUCCUAGGAAAUCUUGGUAUGUCAUGCCCUCGGUCUCAGGUGAUUAUCUUUUUGUCAUUUCUUGAUAUAUUCACCCAAAAGCAAGUUGGGGGAUUGUGAUGACAAGCAAAAUCACCUUGUAAGUCCUGGCUUCAAUAGAGACCAAACCUUACUGACUCAGUAGAGGCAUGUACAGAUUUGUUUUUGUUUUAAUUUAUAACGCACCCCCCUCCACCCCCAUGUUGGAGUCUCCUUUAGAGAAUAAGGUAAAUGAUGCGUGUUUAACAGUUUAGAGUUGCCUGGGUGUUCCGUGCUUCUCUGCCCUCGGCCCCUAUGAUGAUGAUUAUCGGAGUGAACCAAGUCCACAGUCAACAGGGCCUUCAUCUUUCCUUUCUUCUUGACAGCCUUCGCUCUGCGGGAGGGCCUCUGUUGCUUGCUUUGUCCCUGUGGUGUGUGUCACCUCCCAUAAAAGCAAGCGGCUGUCUAUUCUCCACUAGUGCCCUGUGAUGGAAAUUUAGUUACAGUAUGUGUGGUCGUCAGAGUUUGUUUUUGUUUUUGUGUUUUUUUGAAUGAUUGUCUUACUUGGCUUCCUAGCAGUACACCAAAGUUUUUUUUUUUUGGUUUUUUUUUUUGGUUUUUUUUUUUGGAAAAGCUUGUGUUGAUAACUACUGGAGAUUUCAGCAUCAAAGCAACAAGUUGUCUUUUUUUUUUUUUUUUUUUUUUUUCCUUUUCUGGUGGCACAUUUGUGCUUUUGUGAAAUAACUGUUCAUUGGAAGACCAGAGUAUGGGCACUUUGGCUUCUUCUCUGGCCUUGGCCACAUCACUGCCUUCUGGUCCUCAGUAUCCUCACAAUCUUUAAUCAUGACUGUGGGAAUGGGCACAAGUGGGGAAUAGACUUUCUUUGUUUUUUUUUUUUUUUAAGAUUUUAUUUAUUUAUUUGUCAGAGAGAGAGCGAGCACAGGCAGACAGAGUGGCAGGCAGAGGCAGAGGGAGAAGCAGGCUUCCCACAGAACAAGGAGCCCGAUGUGGGACUCGAUCCCAGGACGCUGGGAUCAUGACCUGAGCCGAAGGCAGCUGCUUAACCAACUGAGCCACCCAGGCGUCCCAAUGGGGAAUAGACUUGAGACACAGCACAGUAAAUUGUACUCCUAAUCCCAGAAGAUCGAGUUUUUUAUUUUAUCACUCCAGAGAUGAAAAGCCAGCAGUACGGCCCCUCUGGCAGGCCUCUGUGGUGACCAGGGGUAGCAGAGCCCCCUUGUUGAGGAGUUGGAGGUGCUUUUGUGAUGGGCAAAAACAGAUUUUGAGAUUCCUGGACUAACAAGGGGCUGGCUUUUACCCCAGGUGGCCAUUCUUAUUCCAGAAGGUCUUUCUUUCUCACCAGACCGUAGGGUACCAUGUAUAUCCCCAAAUUCAAACUUUCCUGCAGAUAAGACUUGGGAAAGGUUGGUCUAGACAACUCUUAUGAAGAACCUGUACAUCAUGGUGUUAAUCUGAUCAAGAAAUUGCACUUGGGUUAUUCUGAUCAAGACCUAUUUGUGUUUUGUUCAAGGCACCUGCGUUGGUAUUAUACACAGUGUUUGCUAUGGCUAUGUCGCAAUAUUUAUUUUACCUCUGCUUGGGGGCGUUGUGUUGCCUUCCCUACCCUCUGACUCCCUCUCUUCCAAAGCCAGUGUCCUCUUGAACUAUUUCCAGAUUUCCGUAGCCAUACCAAAGCCAGGAUGUUUUCAUUUGUUUGGAUACCGGUGUUUAUGGAUAUCUAACUACCUAACUUAAUUUUUUUUUUCUUUAAACUCCAAACUGGGUCCAGUAUAAGAUCCCAGAGGCUGAUCUGCAAAUCAAGCUACUUGUGUUUGUGUGUGAGACCCUGUGUUCAGGAUUGGGCGACUUUUCUAAGAGAAAUAUUGGGGGUGGGGUGGGGUUGGGUUGGUUUCGUUUUGUUUCUUUUUUUUUUUUUUUAACCUGACUUUGGGGAUGGAGGGGAAUCCUAUUUUUUACAAUAUAUUUGUUUUUUCAUUAACAUUUCCUUUUAGCCUUGAAUUUUUACUAAAUUUCCUCCUGACUUAAAAAUCUUGUUUCUAAUCUGGGAAUUUGAAAUCUUGGUACUUAAUGUUACACCAGUUUUUCCAAAGAGUUCAAAGCAAUUUAAUAUCAGUACAUGGUAAAAAUUUGCAGCCAUUUCAAGCAGCUGGUGAGUUUUUAUAUAUCAUCAUUAACUGGUAUCAUUAAAUGUUCUGAGAGGUGAAUGUAAAAUGUAAAAAGUAUAGGUUUUUUUUUUUUUUAAUAACAAUAAACUUUCAAAGAGAAAACCA